AUGUCUGAAACUGAAGCCAAAGCAGAGGCCAUUGCUGAUGUUUCUGUGUUAACACCUAUUUUGUAUUUAGGGUUUCUUGUGACUACUUUUAUUGUGUUCACCUUCCAAUAUCGUAAGCGUCGGUUGGCAAAGAUUGUACAACGGAAACCAUUAUUAAAAGAGAAUUAUGCUGCAGAAAUCUAUCAACAAUUGAAGUCUCUAUCAACUCCAGAUAAACCACAUGAUAGAGUACUCAAGGCUGCUUUAAUUAGAAGGGCUUCAGAUGCUGUUCUUAGAUCUAUUAAAUUGAGAGAAUUGGAACCAGGUUUAAAUAAACUAUAUCAAGAAGGAUUAAUUGGUGAGGAUAUUCAUAAACAAUUUGAGAUUGAAUCUAAAGUAUUGGAGCUUGAAUUGAAAGAGAUUUUACAAGAAUGUGAUAUUUACAAAAAGGGUUGGGCUCCAACGUUUUUCCCUGUUAGUCAAGAGGUUUGUAUGAAUGAAGCUUUAAGAAGAAGAUUAAAGAUAAUGAAUGAAAGAGAAGAAGCAUUUGCCGAGUUAUGGCAAAUUGAAUCUACUGCUGCUUCUGAAUUGAAAAAGUUAACAGGUACUGAAGUUGAUUCUAAGAACAAGAAGAAACCAAAGAAGAAGAACUAG